CCAACCACCAGCAUAUGGUACAAGCACUUGUACUCGUACGCAUACACCCCAAGUAUUCAAUCAAUACUUGAGCACAUCGAUACGGACCCUCGAAUCUCGAGUUCUGUUCUGAAUUUUAUCGAUCGGAGACACGACUUGAUCGUAUACCACUGCUUCUUCACUAGAUUGACUGAGCCCGCCUCGACAGGUACCACCACAGACUUUGUGUAGAGACGCAACAGAAAUGUACCGCGACACGCUCGCAACCAUUCCUCGCCUCGGCGUCGUGGUUCUCCUCCUCUCCUUCCUCCCAAUCCCCAUACCCGUUCUCGCAGACCAAACGCUCCUCCGACCGUCUCCUGAAUCGAAACACCACCACCUGUCAAUCCCCUCCAUCGGCCUCGGCCUCUGGAACUCCAAGGACGACAAUGCGACCGAGGCCGUGACCUACGCCUUUGACGCCGGCUACAGGCACUUGGACUCGGCCGCGGCGUACGGCAACGAAGCAUUCGUCGGUCGCACCCUGUCGUCCAAAAAACACUCCCCGCCCCGCCACAAGUACUGGGUGACGAGCAAACUGUGGAACGACGCGCACAAGCCCAAGCUCGUCGCCGGCGCCCUCAACAAGACCCUCUCCGACCUCGGCAUCCCCUACCUCGACCUGUACCUGAUGCACUGGCCCGUCGCGUUCCUCCCGAACCAGUCGCCCGGCCGGACCGUCAUCGACCAGGACACGUCCAUCCUCGACACCUGGCGGGCCAUGGAGGAUCUCGUCCGGUCAAACGGGACCCGCCACAUCGGCGUGAGCAACUUCUCCCCUCGCCAGCUCGACCAGAUCCUGAAAAACUGCGACAUCUGCCCGUACGCGCACGAGUUCGAGACCCACCCUUACCUCCAGCAGCAGGACUUUGUCGACUGGCACGCCGACAACAACAUCACCGUCAUCGCCUACAGCCCGCUGGCCAACAUGAACCCGACCUACGAGGGCAAGUACCCAAAGCUCGGCCCCAUCCUGGAAGAUGGCUUCUGGGAGGACCUGGCGGGCAAGAAAAACUGCACCGUCGCACAGGCUGUCCUCGCCUGGGGCAUCCAGAGAGGCACCGUCGUGAUCCCAAAGUCCGUGCACGAGGAGAGGAUCAUCGAGAACCUGGCAAGUUUGAACGUCACCUUCUCAAAGGAGGAGAUGAGGGAUAUACAAAUGCAAGAUAAGAGGUCGAGGUUCAACAACCCGUCAAAGAGCUGGGGGGUUGAACUAUUUGAAGGGCUAGACGAUGGCUCCAAUAGGUUUUUGGCGACCAAAAGUGAUUUACGAUGAAAGCUUGCCAUUUCGGCACCAACUAUACCGGGACGCAGGACGUGAACGGUUAGGAUAUGGACUAGGGUAAUAGGAAUAGGAUGUUCUGGGUGCAUCCCUUCUAGGUGGUUUAUACAAUGCUCAAUGUGACAU